AUGGAGACACCGACUGUGCCCAUCAACUUUGUGCCUGCAAAGGCCGGUGAGACGUUCAAGGUCGGCACAAUCACCAUCCGAAUCAUGGAGGAUGGGUCGAGAACAGAUCGGAUUGGCAGCGCCGAGUUCACCGUCCCUCCUCAUACUUCUGGACCGCCUCCACACUGGCAUGAAAUGCACGACGAAACCUUCCUCGUCACCCAGGGGACAUUGCGCUUCCACGCCCUGAACGGCCAGACCGUCGACGCAAAGCUGGGCGACUACGUGACGGUGCCGCCGCGGUCGCCGCACACCUUUAGCAACCCGUACGACCAGGAAGCAAAGUUCUUCAACACGUACACGCCGGCGUUUUACAUCAACUACUUCCGCCUCCUGGCCACCAUGAACGAGCAGGGCAAGCCCAUGAACCCCGAGGCAAAUCGCAAGGCCAUGGCUUAUUUCGCCACGAUCGGCGUCGCCGACGACGAGAUGCAGAUGGACAAAAAACAGUUUUACGGCGAUGCAGACCCGUCAAAGGAAUAG